CAGUUGAUCAAGCAUCGCAUACUCAAACAACUUUCACAUCACCAUGCCGCCCAAAGCUCCUCAACUCGAGACCUCGCGCUUCGCAGAGCCGUCCGAGCCGUCGGAUAACCGACCAGAGGACAAUCCAAAGGAACAGCUCAUGGGAAAUCAGGAGGAGAACCCACAGGUGGUGGCGCACAACAGGGGCGAGCAGGCGGCGGAUUAUGGGCGCGGGUCAGGGAGGGGGUCGUUGAAGGAGGCGAAGAGGGAUGAGGGGAAGGGGAGGGGGAAGGCUAAGGGGAGGCUGUAGGAUGGAACGUACGAGAUGAGGGACUAUUCGAGACUGCCAGCUAUACUUGUGAUUCGAGACUAUCGAGUUGAGUGCAAAUAAUCUUGUUCGGCGUACAUUGCCCAGGCUGUCCUGGACGGGAGAGAGAAGACGGAACCAACGACUGACGCACACACUACAGUGCCAAUCACGUCUUCACGGUUAUGUAAAUGCGCCCAGCGGGGGGAAAAAGUCAUGUUCUAGCACUCAACGCCCAACAGAGUUUCGCUCCACGAUACGAAAUCAUCAACGUCCCUGGUGUAAUCAGCGCCAUUUGCAAGGAUCCUCGCGCAGCCAAGCAAGAACCCCCUGGAACUGGUCUCGACCAAAUUCCAGCGCACGCCGCCGCCGCCCUGCGCUCAG